CUUUGCCUAAAAGGUACACUUUUACUCUUUCAACUCUCAUCGCGCGUUUUUCUGGAUUCCACUGUUCUCCUUUCUUCUUUUUGUCUCAUCAAGGUUUCGACAUUGACAAAAUAGCCGGUUUUGGUUGGACUCUGGAAGUGUCGUAGCUUCACUAUAUCUGAUCUUGCGCGACGUACUUCUUACCAAACGAAAAACGAACGAGUGUGUUGUUCAUCUCCCCUUCUUCCUUCCCGCUCAGUUAACGACAACAACCCGUCAACAUUAUGAGCGGCUUAACAGCAUUCCUACAAACCGAACUUUUAUCAUUAUCCAGUGAAGCUCGAAGAAAACACCCUGAAAUAAAAGAAGCUGCCGAAAGACUUAGUGCUAUCCUACGAAGCUUUAAAGAACGUCCUGGUUACAAUAUCGCUAAUGAAUUAUCAAAGUCGGAAGAUGCAUUGCGGCCGUUUGUGCUGGCCUGUGAGACAAAACAGGUGAAAUUGGUUACUAUUGCGAUUGGGUGCAUACAGAAGCUGAUAUCAUUUCAUGCCAUACCAGAGACUUCUGUUAGGACUAUACUGCGCAAAUUGACGGAUAUCAGCGUCCAUGGCGUCGAAAUACAGUUAAAAAUACUACAAACGGCCCUUCCGUUAUUAACCAACUAUCGCAGUGUACAUGAUGAUAUCUUAGCAGAGGCAUUACUGAUUUGCUUUCGUCUUCAAGACUCCAAAAUCGUGGUUGUCAACAACACGGCUGCAGCGACGUUACGACAACUGGUGAUUUUUGUUUUCGAUAAAGUGACACGUGAAAAUGCACAGGCAGCGACGGAUGAUGAACCAAAGCAUGAGGUUCAGCUCAGCUCGGGUGAUUCCAUCUUCUUACGUCCGUGCGCCAAAGACGCCUACUAUCUGUUCCAAGAUCUAUGUCUGCUGACAAACAACGAGCCACCAGAAUUUCUUCGCCUCAACCAUCUUUCAAAAACGUUUGGUUUGGAAUUGGUGGAAAGCGUUCUGACGAAUCAUUAUACUCUAUUCCGUGAGCACAAAGAAUUGAGCUCGCUGCUGCGUGAACGCGUAUGCCCGUUUAUAAUCAAGAGUUUUUCGGAAAAACAUGAGUUUCCACAAACGAUGCGGGUGACGCGGGUUGUGUACAUACUAAUUAAGCAGUUCAGUGAAAUUUUGGUGACAGAAUGUGAGAUAUUCUUAUCCAUGUUUGUCAAAAUCCUUGAACCCGAAAAUCCACAUUGGCAGCGCGUUUUGGCAAUAGAGAUAUUUCGGGGCGUGUGCGGGGACUCGCUCUUGCUUUGUUCAAUCUAUAAAUGGUACGAUCAUCAAGGCAGCUCCACGAAUGUAUUUCGCGAUAUGAUUACUGCGUUUGGGCGAUUAGCUACAGAACGGCCACAGUUAAUAGGCGCAACCCAGGGUGGUAGAGAUAGUAUCGACCACAGUUCUGGUACCAGCAGUUAUACAUUGCAUGGUUCAAGCAGUACCACAUUCACAGCCAAUGAAGCCAACAGCCCGUGCCUAAGUGCUGCCGGAUCCACUAUGCGGAUACAAUGCAUUGACCAACUAGACAAAGCAGAUCCUCCUACUAUUCCUGAAAGAUACAUAUUCUAUCUCGCCGCGGUAUGUCUAAAUUCUAUCGCAGACGGUUUGGCUGGCUUUGCACUUCCUCGAUUUGCAACAGGCAGUGUACGAAGUCUCAGCAGCUCAACCAUCAAAUCAGUCGCCAGCGAACGCCAGCAGCAAAAACAACAACGAGGCAACACCCCGGACACAGCACAAGCGAAUGCCGAAAAUACAAAGCGAGACUUAGCGCUCAUAACAGACAUGGCCAAUGUUGCUUGGCCUGGUCUUUUAGCAGCCAUGUCAUUCUAUCUUUCGGCCAACCUUGACGAGGAGUUGUUUCAAAGCACCAUGCGAUCAUACCAAAAUUUUACCAAUGUGUGUGGUGUUUUAGACCUUGUCGUACCACGAGAUGCAUUCCUGACCAACCUGUGCAAAAACGCCAUCCCAGCAACACCCGUCUUGUCCUCGGGUUUAUUUUCCAACAAAAAUACGGGCAGUUCGACUAGCGUGGCAACCGUCUCCACAGCCGCAACCAUGGCGAUUGCCUAUUCAGAUUUACCAGUCCAGCAGCAACAACUACUCGCGAAUAUUGUGCUGAGCGACAAGAAUCUGUAUAGCUUACGUGUUUUGCUGAAUAUUGCCAUGUUUUUGGGUGGCGUACUGGGCUCAUCAUGGUAUCUUAUCCUGGAAACAUUACAACAAGCCGAUUUCCUGCUAUUUAAUCGACCAACACCAAAGGGAACAGCGCCAGGGGCAAGAGAACCUGGCCCACCUAGUGUACGCCGAACAUUAUCGGGCACGACAACCUCAGCUUCGACGAUCGCUACACAAGCCAGUGUUGCUGCUUCAAAUCAUAUUGCUAUUAUUCAUGGGUCGCUGAACCGCCUUUUCGAGAAUAGCCGAUUCCUUGAUGAUAACGCAUUCAAUGCAUUUACUAUUGCAUUGUGUCGACUUAGCUCAGAAGCAAGCGGCUUACCGUCUCAAGAAGAUGAGUCGUUACCUUCAAGCAAAUCAUCCCGAGCGAAAAUUUUCAACAAGACCUCAUUUGCAAUAGAAAAACUGCGAUACAUAUCAACACUGGAUAUGGGUCGCCUCAUCAAUCCAGAUCGAGAUUCUGGUACCUGGUACUUGAUCACGUCGCACCUGAUCGCCACUGCAAACUACCCUGGUACACCAGGCACUAUUCGUACGCAAUGCUGCGAAUCGACUGCUGACAUUGUUAUCACCGCCAUGGACUUCAGUCUAUCCGAACACAAAGAACCGGACGAAAACCUACAAAUCCGGUUGUUGACAGCAUUGAAUCAGUGUAUCAACUUUACACCACCCAAAGGAGACUCGCCCGUUUUCAACAGUGACGGUGUCAAAGCAUUCACUGAAGUCCAACGAACGGGUCUCGAAACGCUCAACAAACUGCUGCAAACAUCGGGUCAUUCGUUUACAUGCGGCUGGGGUCUCAUUUUUGAAAUGAUAAAGCAUGUGACAACGUCGUCGAGUUCAGGCCAACAUUCAGCUGACUACGAUGAUAAUGAGAGCAACGCUGAAGAUGAUUCACGGACAGAACGUACGAGUAUCGAUACGACAGCAUCUUCUUUACGAACUGCUACCAAUUACAGCACACCUGCCACAAAUACCACCGCAUCUAAUGCUAAGCAACAUCCAAGUGGUCUGAUCAAGGUCGCAUUUGCCAGUCUGCAACUCAUUUGUACCGACUUCUUAUCUCUCCUAUCGCCUGAUUGUCUACGUCAAUGCAUUGCUACCUUGGGAGCCUUCGGUAUGCAGAGUGAAGAUGUCAAUAUCAGUCUUACAGCAAUUGGAUUAUUAUGGAAUCUGUCCGACUUUAUCCAAACCAAACGACUCGGUCCAGCAAAAAAGACGGCUGAAGACGGUAUUGGUGGUCAUAAUGUCGACGACACGCCUAUUGAAAAACAUUGGCUCAAUAUCGAUCAACCUCUUAGCACGGAAAGCGAAAAUACGACAUUAAGCAUUUUGUGGAUGCUGUUGCUACUCCAGCUAUCUCACGUUUGCACGGACGGACGUCCUGAAGUACGCAAUGGAGCGAAUCAGACGCUUUUCCGAACAAUCAUGAUGAACGGCAGUGUGUUGAAUCAGCAUCUAUGGAGCGCAUGCAUUUGGGAAGUUCUGUUCCCGUUACUCGAUGCGAUCAAAAUGUCGUCAAUCCGAGCAGUACGUAUAAUGCAAGCACGGGCCAACAAGUCACCGACACCGUCGACCAAAGAUGAUCGCGAUGCAUCCGGUUUCAUGCUUCAUCAUUCACGUGACACAGCAGAUAAACAAUGGGACGAAACCAAGGUGCUUGUCCUGACCGGUCUUUCGGGCAUCUUCCGCGACUUUCUCGGUAAACUCUACGCAUUACCCAAGUUUGAGCAUGCAUGGUCACUCUUACUUGCUCACUUGGAAGAUUCCUGUCUACGGUCGAGUCAGGAGGUCUCACUGGCAAGCAUCAAGAGCUUUCAAACCAUCGUAUCCCGACAGCCUGAGGAGACGGCAGGACAACCAUCAGGACAAGCGAUCGCGUCACUCUGGCGCAGCGCAUGGCAAUCAUGGCUUGUCAUUGGUGAAAGCAUAGUUGCGGAGGAAGAGGGCAACGACAAUGACAACAAUGUAGAAAGUGGAGAGGAAGAUCAAGAAUAUAGAGGAGCAGCAGCGAGAUCGACAAGGAACAAGCAGCUGGAUCCUGAGCUUUAUUCACUGACCUUGUCACUAUCGUCCUCGAGUAUGGCGCCUAUUUCCAAUGACUUUUCGCAAGAUAUGCUGACAGCUUAUGUCAACAUGUUCACGGAUCUGUACAAGGUGAUUGCUCCGACGUUUAACCUGAGCGAUGCUGAGAAUUUGCUGAGCGUGCUCAAGAAUGUACUUGUCUACUCGACAAGCCAACAAUAUCGACCAGACAUCGACCAUCUGUCUCCACUACAAGAGGCUGCACUGAAUGUAAUACAGGUACUAGACAUGGAUAAACCAGGAAUACCCCCGCUUGUAUUACGCGACUUGUCAGAAUACAUGACCUUGGCAUUCCUGGGUCCACAAGAUGACAAUAGCAACAUUUUCAGCAGCAACAAAAACAAAUCAAACACAACAAUGUCGCCUCAACAGCGUCGUUACUCAACUGUUACAUAUAUCGCACUAAACAAGCACACCAGCAAAAUGGUUGUUGAUAUGUUCCACACGCAUGUGGACAACCUUUCUUUGUACUCGAAGGGGGUUUUUGAACGUAUCAUUGGCGCGUUCGGCCUCCCAAUGAAGCUCAAGUAUGAUUGUCCGCCGUCUUAUAAACAUGGCGAUGACAAGACGCCGUUAUGGAAACUUGCAACAACUGGACUACUUGACGUUUUACGGUUAGGAUUGGAAAAAUUACACAGUUUUGGCGAAGAGGUUCCUUUGGACCGGUUCAUUGGCGUGUGGCGAACAUUAAUUGACAUUUUCCAUGGCAGUUUAUUAUCACCAAGUACACCCCCGUCGAGCAUGACAAUUGAAGAACUAGACGUCGACGAACAUUUCGACAUAUCGGUACUUAGCGUUAUUCAGAACGAUAUAGUGAUAUAUCUCGGUGAACCGCGUGUGCCUGACGAGUUGAUUGAAAAGCUGGUUGAUAUUGUCCAUCAAAGCUCGCGACUGUACUACGUUGAUGAAAGUACCUCACAUCGACGAAAUACUGAAAGCGAAGAAGAACUUGCGACCAAAGAACUUGCCAUCGAAGAAGAAAGUGGAUCAGGAGGUGGAGGGUAUGAGCGUUCUGGCGAUAUCGUUGGCACCACGGGCACCAUUGUACCCGUCAUGAAAGAAUCGUUUGCUUAUGCAGCGCUAAAGACACUUUUCAUAUUAUGCUCUGCUGAGAAACAAAAUCAUUUGGAAGUACGGAAACGGAUUGCUCGUGCAGCGAUACCAAUUCUGCUAGAACGCUGUGAGACCAUCUUGCGAAAUUAUACUGCCGAUGAGCCACUGUUAGGUCGAUGCCCGUUUCCAAGAGUUCGGAAAGAAGAAAUGCUUUUCUUUUUGCGACAAUCGCUUGACCUUAAGCUUCAAAGUGACAUUCUAGCAUGGAAGGAAGAAGAUAAGGGCACUGCAAGACAGCUACCCUUGUCUGGUCCAAGGGGGCACUUGUUUUACUUAUAUCCAACGUUAUGUAGGAUGAUCACAUGCGAUGAUCCCACCGUAGUCAGUUUAAUACGCGACUGCUUGCAAAUUGCUGGCUCCGAGAUAGGGCUUGGCUUCUCCUCCAUGGCACAGUCUGCUGUUUCAUCCUAAAUAGUAGAUUACUAUUAGUAAUAUUAUAAUCACACACAUCACACACACAUAAAGUACCUUGUAUGUAAAAAGACCUAACAUAAAAAGCUACACGUACCUU